GAUGACGUGAAGCUGAAGCACUGUCUGUCUGUCCAUUUUAAAAAAAAAAAUGUUUAUUUUCAGCAUAAAGAGAUUAAUUAGACAGUAAAUCCAGCAGUUAAGAUGGAGGAAAAGCAGUUUGAGUCUCACAGGCAGCGCAUGGAUUCAUAUCAGCACUGGUAUCAUUCAACACAUCAGCAGUUUCAGCCGGAGCCAGUUCCUCAGUACAGCCAAAUGGUUAACGUGUUUCAUGACCAGCAGGAUGUCCGAGAGUAUACCGUCAUGAAUGAAUUAUCAGUCCAUAAAGAUCCAGCUCAGAUCAGCCAGUUUCAUCAGCUGCCUGUCCAGCCUCCAGCACUUCCAUCAACACCUGAUAGAGGGAAGAAGCGUGGACGACCUCCCAAGCAGGAACAAAAUGACCAAACUGAUGAAGUCACUGUGAAAAAAGCCAAACGAACUCUGGACAGAUUUAAUGGCAUGUCUGUGGAAGAGGUCAUGGCCAAAAAACUGCCCGACAUCAUCACCUACAAUCUGGACAUACUGAUAAUUGGUAUCAACCCUGGAUUGUUGUCAGCAUAUAAGGGACGACAUUACCCAAAUCCAGGAAACCAUUUCUGGAAGUGCCUGUUCUUAUCAGGGCUCACAGAUGAGCAACUGAAUUACAUGCAUGAUCAGAGUCUUCCAGAAAAAUACGGCAUCGGAUUUACUAACAUGGUGGAGAGGACGACACCUGGGAGCAAAGACCUCUCAAACAAAGAGAUUCGAGAAGGAGGCAAACAACUUCUGGAAAAGCUGCAGAAAUAUAGGCCACGAAUCGCAGUCUUCAAUGGGAAAUGUAUUUAUGAAACAUUCUGUAAAGAGAUUUUCGGAGUCAAAGCCAAGAACCUGGAAUUUGGACUGCAGCCCUACAAAGUUCCAGACACUGAUACAGUUUGUUACCUCAUGCCUUCAUCCAGUCCACGCUGUGCUCAGUUCCCUCGAGCUCAGGACAAAGUUCAUUUCUAUAUUAAGCUGAAGGAACUCCGGGACCAGCUGAAGGGUAUGGUGCAGAAUCAGGAGAUUCAAGAGAUGCAGUACACGUUCGACUUAAUCAUGGCCAAAGAGGAUGCCAAAAGAAUGGCUAUUAAAGAAGAGCAGCAUGACCCUGGCUAUGAGGAAAGCUCUUCUAGUGCGACGCAGCAGAUGUGCAGCUUCGAUCCUGCUAAUGAACAAGGUGCUACACAUUCAGAACAUUCUUCAUCUACAGGACAGGUUGGGUCGAACCAGUGGACAAUGCAGCCGUUUGCAGACCAGAUCCCAGACAUUGGGUACUCCAGCAACAAUGAGACAUCGCAGUAUUUCUGAUGUGUUAAAGCAAAUGCACUUCUGAACUGAACUUAACUGAAAGGAAGCUCAAUUUAAAAAGGUUUUAUAAGAACUACCUGACUUUCCAGUCAUGCGUUUCUAUUUAUUGUGUUUUGUAGAACCUUAGAUGUAGAUCAUGUACUCCAAAGCUCGUGUUAUUUUUAUUAACAUAUGUAUACGGAAGUGAUGGCUUUUACUUGAUCAUACCAGCAUUCUGUAAAGCGAGCCUCAUUUUUCCAACUGUGAAAAUCCAGUACACAAAACUGUGGUUUAGUUCUGUUUUUUAAAACUAUACCUAAAACUUUUUUUCAGGGCUCGACAUUAACUUUUUUUAAUCCACUCGUUCAGUCAGACAUGCAGUAAGAUUUUUCACUCGUCCUGACCAUCACCUUUUUAUUACUAUGAUAUUUACAGGGAUGAGAGUUUUCUGCUUUUCGGCGGAUUUCCGCUUUUUCUGAGUAAAAAUCGACCUUUUUAUAUUAUGCCAAAUCUGUUGAAUUUUUUUUUUUCAUUUAUUGAGGGAGGUUGGGGUAUGUUCCUUCAUGAUACUCAAGCGUAAUUCAUUCCUAUGACGAUGUUACAUGUUUACAUUUUCGCCAUCUUUAGUCUCGCUAAGUCUCAUGGUAGAAUGCGUGUUAUCUACAAUGUAAUUGGCCAAAACAUCGAUGGCGAGAGCAUGAUAGCCAAUCAUAGCAGUUCUUACAAAAGUACCCACAUCCGUUCUAUUUUAUCGAAACUUGCGCAUGUUCAUCGUCGCUGCUCUUCAAAAAUACGUUUCUCUUUCGUAUCGGCUUUUUUACUCAAAAUGCCGAAUACAAUUGACAACGAAGCGAAGGUACAUGAAAUCGAUGCUGGUAUAAAAAACAAGUUUAGGUGGGAUUGGUUGGGUCGUAAAGUUGCGACAACUUCAGUAGAUGGCAAGCAUGAACCCGUGUCUGUUAGCAUCGGCGAUUUCGUUAAGAAACUCGACGUCGCGGGAAAAGCACUGUGUACUGUGUGUGAACUACCGAUCAAGAGGACCGAAAAGCAUUUGAGAGCCACGCUGUAACCGCAAAACAUCGGAAGCAGGCAUUUUUAUUGAAGAGCAAUUAUUCAUUAUCAAGUGCUUUUCAAUCGAGGACAUGGGGAGAAAAGGUCAGUCACCCUAAGAAAUUUUAUUUAAUUAUGAACAUUUUGAUAAUUAAUAGAACUUCAGUUUAAUGUGAAUUUAGUUUGUCAUUUUUGUUGAUCAUGAAUUAUAACCAUACCCUUGAAUGUAGAAUGUGAUUUUAUUUUGAAUUCAAACAAUACUCCUAUUGAUUUGAAACAUAUUUUCAUGUAAAUCUAUAAAAAAGACAACAGAUAUUUUUUAUCUAUUACAGCUCAGAUUGCAGGAAAAGUGGUUUGUAAGGCCUUAUUUUUCAAAAUUUUCCUGGGGGGUAUCCCAGGAGGCCUUUGGCGCCCUCGCAUACCUUUUUAUCUUGUUUUCUGCUUUUUUUUGAUGACCACCCACUCUCAUCCCUGUAUUUACUAAUUCAAUGAAAGGAAAGUGAUUAACAAAGUUUACAAAAAUCAGGUAUAGUUAUGAUAAUUAUACUUUAAUGACUUAUUUUUCAAUAAAACUCAAACUUCAACAAUAAAGAAACUAUCCAAAGCCCCAUUGUGGCGAAUGUGUUAACCCAGGGGUUUUCAAAGUGUGGGAGAGUCAGCCCCCCCUCAGAGAGCAAAUAAACAGCGCCCCCACCACAAUUUUUGUUGCUAUACUUAAUGUUCCAUUCGUAUUUAAAAAAAAAAAGGUUGUUGUACACAUUUUUUUUCUUUUACACAUUUUAAACAUCUGUGCUUUUUGAAAACGUCUUUUUUUACACAUUUUAAACACCUGUGCCUUUUUUUUUUUUAAAACAUCUUGUUUUACACAUUUUAAACAUCUCAUAGCAUCGUUAGCUAGCACCUCUUGGCAAACAACACACUGUGGCAGUGGAGCAUCUUCAGAUCCAGUCCAUGAAAAUCUCAUUCAUCUCAUCUCAUUAUCUCUAGCCGCUUUAUCCUUCUACAGGGUCGCAGGCAAGCUGGAGCCUAUCCCAGCUGACUACGGGCGAA